UUCAUUUACCUGUUUCCUCGCGCCAUUCUCGGGCUCUUUACUGUGUAGCUUAGCUUCUGCCGUCUUGGCCAGAGGGCCCUGUGAUAGAGCAAAGAACAAGAUAAGUUACUUCAGUUCUUGAUGGGAUGCAUUGGCGAUUGUCUGUCCCUGUCCUACUCUUGCAGGGCUAGUGUUCUUUCAAACAAUUCGCAUCGCUCUUUUUUUUUGGGUGGACAACUUUUCGUCGUUAUUGUGGUGGCGUCCAAUUGCAAUCGCAUCCUUCAUUUCAUUAUUGGAUAAACCAUUCCUUUGGCCAGUUCUUCGAAUAGGUUUUCAUUUCGUCCAUUCAGCCGCGUGUGGUUUUUCUCUUUACCACAUUCCAUAAGUGCGUGCUGCAAAGCGUCAAGAUCGACAGAAUUUCGGAGUGAUUGCCGCUUAUUGGCCAACAACUUAGUGCGUGUGUGUAUGUGUGUGUGCAUUGUUUUGUUUUUUUGCGUUGCGUUGCGUUGCGCUUCUGUUUUUGUUUGCUGCUUGCCAGUUUGGGGCGAAAUACGUGCCGCUGCUGCUGUUACUUUUCGGUGUCUUUUGAUCUGCAGCCAUGCCUCGGGGUAUCUUAUUUCAUUUGCUGGCUAUCCAGGGCUAGACACCAAGUGUAGCUUGGCCCAGCCGCUUUUUUUUUCCUAGCCCUAUACCUUCCGUCCGUUCCUUUUCUCUCUCUCUCUCUCUCUCUCUCUCUGUCUUUCUCUCUCUUUCUCUCUCUUUCCAAAGAAUGCACCAUUGAUGCCAUCGUAUUGCUCCACCAAAUUUACCCCACUGAUCUGGGUCUACCGUUGAACUAAAGUCAAAACGUUCACAUCGGCUUUCCAACCUUAAACCAGAUCCGCACGAGAAGAGAAAAAUUCUUAAAAAGCAACAAGAAAAAAAUAGAAAAAAAAAAAAAUAAAAAAUAAAUAAAAUAAAUACUUUCUUUUCUUGGGAGGGGUAGGAAGUGGACUUUGCCAGAACGCAUAUGUGUUUUGUGUAAGGUGUUGAAGCAGUAGCUAUGGUUACUUGCAGCUCUUGACUGAACGCCACGGUGGAAGGUGUUUUUCGACCAUGGCCAAGGAGCAACACCAGGUGCAGAAUAGUGUUGACGCUUUCGAAGAAGAAUCCAGUUGCAAAACCAACAUGAGCUCGGCCACGGAAAACACUUUGAGCAACAUGUUACAGUGGCCAUCUUUCAAAACGGUGCAGUGUUGGCACCGUUUGACGUCACCCAAGUCGGCCGGUUCUUCGACAAGCGAGUUAAGUGAAACGACGAAGGCAAAGUGCAACAAGAGCAAGACGACGAGAUGGCGGUGCAGUGGGCGCAGGAAUGCCACGACCGAUGCGCUGUGGUGUUGCACGAUGGUCGUGUUUUUGCAGGCGUUGCUGGUUCACGGUCAAGGGCCCGGACCAGGCCCCGGCCGCAAAUCGGUCGAUCGUCUGAUGAACGCCGUGGCCAAUCAGACCAACAUCAUGCCUGAUCAGUUGAUGCAGUCGAGGGCUGUGGACAUGAGGAUUCAACUGGAAGUGGCCGAAGAGAAAGCUGCCGGCACAGUGGUUGGCGUCAUUCCGACCAAAGCUGGUUUCACCUAUCGCUUCAACGAGAAUCCGCGCGAAUUUCGCCUGAACGGGACCACCGGCGAAAUCGUGACGGCCGUCGUGCUUGACCGUGAGGCUCUUUCGUCAGAUCGUUUCGAUUUAGUUAUCCUGUCGAGUCAGCCGACGUAUCCGAUCGAGGUGCGCAUCCUGGUGGUGGAUAUCAACGACAACGCGCCUGCCUUCCCGGAGCCGACGAUCGAAGUCUCGUUCUCGGAGAGCGCCAACACGGGCACCCGCGUCAUCUUGGACACGGCGACGGACGGCGACGCCGGCGAAAACGACGUCACCACCAACUACGAAAUAGUGGGUGGCAACGACGAUCUCAAGUUCAAGCUGGCCGUCACGACCAACCCGAGCGGAGAAACGCCCUAUUUGCAUCUGGAGACGACAGGCAAGCUGGAUCGCGAAACACAAAACCAUUACUGGCUCAAUAUAUCAGCGCAAGACGGCGGACAGCCGCCCCUCUUCGGCUAUCUCAUAGUCAACAUCACCAUCGUCGAUGUCAAUGACAAUCCGCCCAUUUUCGAUCACAGCGACUAUGUCGUUUCGCUAAACGAAAGUGUUGCUCCUGGAACCCACGUCAUGCAGGUGACAGCCACGGACAACGAUGCGGGCGAGAACGCUCGCGUCACCUAUUACAUCUCGGAGACGGAGACGCAAUUUGCGGUCGAUGCCGAAACGGGUGUCAUUAGCACGACGGAACAGUUAAACUGUCAGCGCAGUUGCCCACAAUCGGUGUCGUGCAACAAGAGCUGCGUUUUCACCGUCUUCGCUCGCGACCACGGCAACCCGCGACAGGACGGCCGCACCUACGUCACAGUCAAUUUGCUCGACGCCAACGACCACGAUCCAAUUAUCCGAUUCCGAUACUUCCCGGCCACCGCUGAUUUCGCCACAGUCGAUGAAAAUGCUCAAAACGGAUCGGUCGUGGCGGCCGUCUCGGUCAUCGAUUUCGACGAAGGAGCCAACGGCGAGACCACCGUCGAAAUCAAAGCCGGUAACGAGCUCGUCCAUUUCCGUCUGGAGGAGACGCCCAGCUUUCACAUCGUGCGCGUCAACGGCGUUCUCGAUCGCGAAAAGAUUAGCAAGUACAACCUAACUAUAGUGGCCACAGACAGUGGGAGUCCGGUGAGGAAAGCGCUGGCUUUCCUCAUUAUCCACGUCAACGACGUCAACGAUCACGAACCGAUUUUCGAGAAGAGCGAAUAUUCGGCCGUGCUCAGCGAAUUGGUCUCCGUUGGAUCUUACGUGGCCGGCAUCACGGCCACCGACGAAGACACGGGGAUCAAUUCCAACAUCUUCUACGCCAUCGUUUCAGGCAACGACCACCAGUGGUUCGACAUCGACAUCGUUAGCGGACUCAUUACGACGCAGAGCCAACUGGAUCGCGAACAGCAGGACACGGUGGAACUGCGCAUUUCGGCCAGAGAUGGUGGACCGAAUCCUCGGUGGGCCUACACGCUCAUUAAAAUCACCAUUUUGGACGAGAAUGACGAACAUCCGCAAUUCGUGCAGCAAAGUCUCAAACAGGUCAACCUGUCCGAGAAUACGCCACCCAACACGUUGGUGGCGCUCUUGACGGCCGUCGAUCACGACCAAGGCACCAACGGCUCCGUCUCCUACAUGUUCGACAGCGAAAUGGAUCAACGCUACCCGGGCAUUUUCGCCAUUGACGCCAGUACGGGCCGUGUCACUACACGGACCAAGCUGGACCGAGAAGUCAUCCCCGAGUACGAGAUCAAAGUGGUCGCACGUGACCAAGGCAAUCCACCAUUGUCUUCAACUGCCACCAUCGUCCUGCGCGUACUCGAUGCCAACGACAACAGCCCGGAAUUUUAUCCGCAGCAGUAUUUGGUGGCCGUUGCGGAAAGUCUACAAGUGGGCGAGGCUGUCGUGACGGUGACGGCCAUGGACGAAGAUGAAGACGAAAACGCUCAAGUGACGUACAGCAUCAAAAGUGGAGCCGAAGGUGCCUUCGACAUCGAAGAACAAACGGGAAUCAUCCGCUUACGGAGUCCGCUCAACAGUGCCCGGAAAGCUCACUACAAACUCAAAGUGGCUGCGAAAGACAGAGGUGAUCGUAAAGCGGUGGAGGACGCUGUCGUCGAGAUUCUCGUGGAAAACAGUCCAGCCAACUACCUGGACUUCGGCAGUAGCAGUUAUCACUUUGUCGUUGUCGAAGAUCCGGGCAAGAAGGAACCAGCCAUUGGGCGCGAAGUCGGUCGUCUCAGCGUGAACAAUAAACAAGUGCAAUCCAGUCCGAAAUAUUCCAUCGUCGGUGGCGAUCCGUCGCGCGUGUUCCACGUUGACGAGACUACGGGUGUCUUGACGACGGCCAAGCGCAUCGACCGCGAGAAACAAUCACGCUACGAAUUGUCGGUUGUCGCUCGUUCUGGUUUCUCUUACGGCACCGUCUCCGUCAACAUCACCGUGCAGGACGUCAACGACAACCCACCGCGUUUCGACAAAAGUCGCGCAGUGGCUCGAGUGGUUGAAAACUGGCCGGCCAAUCACCAAGUCUACUUGGCUAAAGCCGAAGAUUUAGACACGGGCAACAACAGUCGCAUCACGUACAGCCUGACUUUGAAUCCGCACGAGUUGUUCACCAUUUCUCCGACGCUCGGAAUGAUUUACCUCAACCGACCGUUGCAGAAUGAACUCUCCCAUUUCGAUAGUUCGCUGACGUUGGAGGUGACGGCCACCGACGGUGGUGCGCCCCCAUUGUCUUCCCGCCAGUUGGUCACUCUCAAUCUAGAAGACGUUAACGACCACACGCCAGUCUUUGAAUAUCUUUCUUAUGAAACAUCCCUACUGGAAACCAUAUCAGUCAACGAACGGUUUUUCGCUUUGUCGGCAAUGGACGAGGACAAGGGAGCCAAUGGCCGUGUUUCUUAUUACAUCAGUGAAGGCAACGAUGCCGCCAAAUUCGGAAUCUUUCCCGACGGUAUGCUCUACGUGAAAAGUGCGCUCGAUCGUGAAGCCAAGGACUACUACGCGCUGACUGUGGUGGCCCAAGAUGGAGGAUCGCCGUCCCGCAGUUCUUCAGUCUCCGUCACCAUUCACGUCAUCGACGAGAACGAUAACCCGCCCAAGUUCAGCAACGAGACCUUCUCCUUCUACAUACCAGAAAACGAAGCGCCCGAUUCGUACGUUGGCCGCCUGACGGCCACAGAUCGGGACGUUGGUCGCAACGCCGAGCUGACCUUCUCCAUCGCCACGUCGCAGACCGACUUUAGCAUCGAUCCCAAGAGCGGCUUCAUCAAAACACUGCGUUACUUCGAUCGCGAGCGAUUGCUGCAAACCACCGGCCAAGACCAUAUCGUCCUAGAAGCUGUCGUGUCCGACAACGGGGUGUUACGGUUACGCGAUCGGGCCCGAAUUCACGUCUUCAUUCUCGACGUCAACGAUAACGCGCCCGUCUUUGCUCGGGUGCCUUACAAGGCCCAAGUUUCCGAGGGAGCCGCCGUCGAUGCUCAAGUGUUCCGUGUCGUGGCCACCGACGCGGACGAUCAGCUCAACGGCGACAUUUUCUAUUUCAUCGCCGAAGGAAACGGCGACCACAAGUUCCGCAUUGACGAAGUCACGGGUCAGUUGGUGUUGAAUCGACCGCUCGAUCGAGAAGCGACCGAUCGCUACACUUUAAAGAUCGGAGCGCGAGACGCCGGCACGCCGAACCUGAGCACGUCGACGACGGUCGUCAUAGACGUGGUCGACGAGAACGACAACGCGCCCGAAUUUAUUCACAGCGAGGCCAAAGUGUCGGCAGUGGAAACGUUGGCCGUCGGCUCCGAGUUGGUCACGUUUCAAGCCACCGACGCCGAUCUAGGCGUCAACAGUGAAAUCACAUUCAGCAUCGGAGCGGGCAACAUGCACGACACGUUCCGCAUCGACCCUCAGCUGGGCACGCUCUAUCUGGAGAAACCGCUCGACUUUGAGAUGCAGCGCUUGUACAACCUCAACAUAACAGCCAGUGACCAAGGCAACCCUUCGCUGGUCUCCAGCAUCACUUUUGUCGUCACAGUUGAGGAUGCCAAUGACAACGCACCUGUAUUCCCCAGCACGGCCAUCGUCCGGCAAAUCCAAGAAGGCAUUCCGUUGAACACGCCCAUCGUCACGGUUACAGCCGAAGAUCCCGACUCGGGGCUAAACAGUCGCAUACGCUAUUCGUUGAUUCAGCAGGAACCUUCUGUUUUUGUUGGUCUUCCGUCGCGAGGCGGUUCCGGUCCGCAUUUCGCCAUCCGGCCGGAUACAGGCGUCAUCUACGUGGUGCGACCUAUCGACCGCGAAUUCGCCGACACGUUCCGAUUGACCGUCGUUGCCACCGACCAAGCCGAACCAGCUACCAAUCGCAUGUCAGCCGAGAAGUUGGUGACGGUCAUUGUGGAAGAUGUCAAUGACAACGCGCCCACGUUCACGUCGGUCACUGCCGGCCUUUUGCCUAAAGGCGCCGAACGUGGACACGAGAUCAUUCGGCUCCACGCAGCCGACGCAGACGCCAACACCAAUGGAUUAGUCACUUAUGAAUUGGUAUCCGGCGAUGCGGAGCUGUUCGCUUUAGAGCGGACCACUGGUAGACUGACGUUGCGCAAAGAGAUCCCUGCCGCCGAGAUAACGUACCAGUUGAGCGUCAGGGCGACGGACGAAGCUGUUCACUCGCAACGCAAAUCAACCGGAACGCACAUCACCGUCAUCAGCGUGACAGACGAUAUGACCGGACCGCUGUUCACCAAGAAACUUUACGCUGGAUCGGUUUCGGAGAAUGAGCCAGCCGGCACGAACGUGCUCACCGUCAGCGCUCGUUUCACUGGCAAUCCGUUGGCUGACGUCGAGUACUUUAUAUACAACGUCAGCGCCGGUCAUCGCGGCGUACCGUUGCUCUUCGAAAUCGAUUCGGAAAGUGGUGUCGUAUCGACGUCGGCCAUCCUCGAUCGUGAGGCAGACGCCGAAGAGUACGAACUGGAUAUCAUCGCCGUCACCAGAGGCACCGCUUCGCCCCAAACAAGCGUUUGCAAGGCACGCAUCAAGAUUGUCGACAAAAACGACAGCCCACCUGUUUUCCGUGACGACGAUGCCAUCAUUUCGGUAUCCGAGGACUUAAUUAUCGGGCAGCCCAUAACUACCGUCACAGCUACCGAUCUUGAUAAAACGGGGACUGUGACCUACACCCUUGUCUCGGGCGAUGAUGGCAAAUUCACGCUCGACUCUACCAAAGGAAUCCUGACUCUUCAGGAUACUCUCAACAGGGAAUCACAGAGCCAAUACAAGUUGACCAUUAAAGCUGACGAUGGAGAGCAAUUCACCGAAACGGUCAUCAUCGUCAAGGUGAUGGACACGAACGACAAUUCUCCAACUUUUAGCGAGGCAGCAUAUUCGUUCGAUAUACCGGAAGACACGGGACGAGGAGCAUUUGUGGGAGCCGUUGUGGCGAAUGACAUGGACGAAGGAAUCAAUGCUCAAGUUUCCUAUACAGUUCUCUCCGAUUGGGGCAACGACGUCUUUUCGCUCAACCCUCAGUCUGGUGUUUUUACACUGACUUCCAGGUUGGACUAUGAACAGGUGCAACACUACAUUUUUGUGGUUCAAGCGCAAGACACGGGACGUCCCAGUUUGUCCUCCACCGUCACCGUGUAUUUCAACGUUCUAGAUCUGAACGACAACGCGCCACUCUUCGAUCCCAUGAGCUACAGCGAUGAAUUGUACGAAAACAUCACAGUAGGAUCCAGUGUCAUUACUGUGAGCGCCACUGACCAAGAUUCCGGAGACAAUGGCAAACUCGUGUACAGCAUCAUCGGUGGAAACGAAAACGACCAAUUCCGCAUCACUCAAAACGGCACGAUCAUGACGUCGCAGUCCCUGGAUCGCGAAACGCAGUCGCUAUACAACCUUGUCGUCAUGGCCACUGAUCAAGCCAAACCACCGGAAAAACGCUUGUCUUCUACUGUACAGGUUACCAUCAUUCUGAAGGACGUCAACGACAUGGCGCCAGAAUUUGUCUCCUCAAACGAGACCACAGUCAUGGAAAACAUCCCAAUCAAUACAGUAGUGAUGGCCAUGAAAGCCAUCGACAGAGACGAGGGACGCAACAGUUACAUCGAAUACUCGUUGGCACCGAUCGACGACGGCUGUUUCACACUCGGUCCUGUUGAUGGAUUACUUAGAGUGUCGGCAUUGCUCGAUCGUGAGAGUCGUGCCAAUUACACGUUGCACGUCAUGGCUUACGAUCGCGGUCUGCCCUCACGCUCGCAGUCACUUAACGUUUUGGUGCGCGUUCUAGACGAGAAUGACAACAGCCCCCUUUUCGACCCGAAAGUAUACAGUGCCAGUGUCACAGAGAAUGCCACCAUCGGCUUGAGCGUGCUCCAAGUGUCUGCCACCGACUUGGACGAAGGCCUCAACGGUCGUGUCCGUUACACAAUCGUUGGCGGUGACGUGAACUUCGAUUUCCAUAUCGGUGAGGACUCUGGCAUCAUCCGGGUGGCCAAGAACUUGAAUUUCGAACGCAAAUCGCAGUACGUCUUAACGGUUCAAGUAGAGGAUUCGGGCAACGACGUCCGAUACGACACCGCAACGGCCACCAUCACUGUUAUGGACAUCAACGAUAACGCGCCCGUAUUUUUGGAUUCACCCUACGUCACCUACGUUAUGGAAGAAAACAAUCGACUGCCUGCCCCCAUCAUCACUGUCAAAGCCCACGAUGCUGAUUCGCCACCCUUCAACAGGGUUCGCUAUCUCAUCAAGGAUGGCGAUAAAGGUCUUUUCCGUGUCAACAGCACCACCGGAGAAAUAUCCGUUCUACGCUCGCUUGAUCGCGAAUCUCAGUCGCGCUACGACGUUAUCGUUGUCGCAAUGGAUUCUGGUGUCCCCGUUUUGACUGGAACUGGAACCGUGAUGAUUUUUGUCGAGGAUGUCAACGACCACAGCCCGGAAUUUUCCCAGAGUCAAUACAGGAGUGAAGUAAUUGAAAACGGGCCUGUUGGGUUGUUUGUGACAAAAGUGUCUGCAUUUGACAACGAUGCCGGCGAAAAUGCAAUCAUCAGAUACGAGCUAAAGAAUGAAAAGGAAAAAUUCCGCAUUGAUCCGAAUACUGGAGAAAUGGUGACGAAAGCGAAGUUGGAUCGCGAAGAGCGCUCAGAAUACGAACUGGUUGUCGUUGCGUCUGAUUCCAGUUUGACCAACGCUCGUACGGCCCAAGUCAGCGUCAUCGUCCACGUGAACGACGUCAACGACCACCCGCCCGUUUUCAGAGAGAUGCUCGAUAUUGUUUACGUCCCAGACAACAUAGAGCCGGGGCAAUUUGUAGUGGGCGCCAGCGCAGCUGAUGCCGAUAUCGGUCUGAAUGGGAAAAUCAUUUAUCAAUUGUUUGGUGACGAUGCCAGCAAAUUCAGCAUCAACCAGGACACUGGCGUCAUCAAAGCGUCGACUUCCCUGGCUGCGUCGCUUUCAAAACUGACCAACUUCAAAUUGGAAAUACGCGCUUCAGAUAGUGGAACAAGCUCAUUAUCGUCGACCAAUAUUGUCGAAAUCCGAUUGCGUCCUGCCGACCAGUUCCCCGUCGUUCGCAGCGAAGCAAAGUCUUUCACGUUUAGUGAACAAAUCGAAAAUCGAGUCUUUACCAGCGUAACAGCGACGUCACCUAAAGCCGGAGCAGCUGGAGAAAUUCAGUAUGGCAUUGCGGGCGGCAAUACGGGAGAAAUCUUCCAAGUGAACGCCAAAACUGGGGAAGUUUCCAUCGGCAAAGGGUUGGACUUUGAAAUCACAAAUCAAUACGAAUUGUGGAUUGAGGCUCGAGAUUCCGACGAGACUUCGCUAGCCAGCGUCACUCGUUUGCUAAUCAACGUCACCGACUUCAAUGAUAACACUCCCGUGUUCGACCACGUCAUCUACUACGCUAGCAUAUUGGAAGAGCAGUUCCCUCCAUCUCCACUGAUGGCCUCAGCGUCUCCGCGUAGUGGCGCUGACCAUGCUGCGUGGGAAAAUCGGGCUCUGCUACAGGAUGGGAAAACUGGUUUAGGCUUUUCGCACGGUGGCUCGCGUCAUUCGACAAGCGGGCACGAGAAUUUCGCCACCAACCAAAUCGACCGAGUUCGAGGUCAAAAUUCUACCGACAAGGUAGUGCUGACGGUGCACGCGACUGAUUCGGACUCGGGACGCAACGGUCUUGUUCGCUACCAGUUGCGAAACAGUGGCGACCUGGAGAAUGCCUUCAGCGUGGACGCCGAAUCGGGCAAGAUUUACACGAACGUGAAACUGGACAGAGAAGACGUUGGCCACUACACGCUGAUUGUUGAAGCAGUUGAUCAAGGUGCGCCGCAGCGCACGGGUACGGCCACCGUUUCGGUGACGGUUGCCGAUAAAAACGACAACCCACCUCGUUUUACCCGUCUGUUCAGCGUGAAUGUAACGGAGAACGCGGCCAUCGGCACGUUCGUCAUUCAAGUGACGAGUUCCGAUCGCGAUAUCGGAGCCAACGCCAAUGCCACUUACAGCUUCACGGAAAAUCCGAGCGGCAAAUUCCGCAUCGACCCAGUCAGCGGCAACGUGACUGUGGCAGGCGUCAUCGAUCGUGAAUCGAAAGAAGAAUACCUGCUCAAGGUAUCGGCCGUUGACGGUUCGUGGCGGGCCGAAACUCCGCUCACCAUUACCGUCCAAGACCAGAACGACAACGCUCCCGAGUUCGAGCACAGUUUCUAUAGCUUCAAUUUCGCCGAGUUGCAGCGCAGCGUGGCCUUUGUGGGUCAGGUGACGGCAUCGGAUCGCGAUAAACAGGGACCUAACGCUAUGAUAACCUACUCGAUGAAACAUCCGUCGGAAUUCUUCUCCAUCGAUCUGACGAGUGGCGAGAUCCUCUCCAAGCAAACGGUUCGCUACAAGCACACGAGCAAGGGCUCGUCACCCGAAAACAUGUACACCUUAUGGGUAGUGGCGGCAGACAACGGCAAACCUCCGCUCGCAUCCGAAUGUCUGGUCAGCAUCAACGUUGUCAACGCCAAUAGCUACGCGCCGCGUUUCGAGAAGCCCGUUUUCUUCUCCCCCGUCCCAGACAGCGCCGUUUUGGGUCAAAACAUUGUGCAGCUGGUUGCCGAAACAGGCCAGUCGGACGCGACGGGCGGGGCCGUCGUUCAUCCCCAUUCGAUAGAGUACGUCAAAAUCGGCGGUAACGGAUCGGACUUCUUCAACGUCGAAAAGGAUACGGGUUGGGUGACGGUGACGGGUCCGCUUUUUGGCCGCCGCGACAUGGAGUUCGUCUUGGUCGUCCGCGCCCUCAGCACGGGCGCUCCGCCGACUCACGACGAAACGCUGGUGCGUCUGAUAGUCACCGGUGAAAACCGUUACACACCCGUAUUCACCGCGCUGAGUUAUCAGAUCAUCGUGCAAGAAAACGAGCCACUAGGCUCGGUCAUCGUCAGCGUCACGGCCUCGGACAACGACAGCGGACCCAACGGUGUUGUGCACUACGCCAUCGUCAGCGGCAACGAGGAGAACAAGUUCCUCAUCGAUUCCAGCACCGGGGACAUCAGCGUUGCCAAUACGCUCGAUUUCGACACGCUGCCCAAGUUCACGCUGAACAUCACCGCCACCGACAUGGGUUUCGAAGCCAGAGUGGCUACGGCGACGUUGACUGUCCUACUGACGGACGUCAACGACAAUCCGCCACGUUUCAAUCAGUCGCACUAUGACGCCUACGUCCGCGAAAAUUUCCCGCCCGAUACGGUAGUCAUCGAUCUGGAGGCCGUCGAUGCCGAUUCCGCGAAGAACAGCGUCAUCCAAUAUUCCAUCAUUGGUGGCAGUGGCAAAGAGUUUUUCACCAUCGACUCGGAAACGGGAACGGUCAGCACCAAGAGCUCGUUCGAUUUCGAAGAGAGGACCUUUUACGAAUUGGAUGUGCUAGCGUCGAAUCCGGACUCGUCCAUGUUCGGCUCAACGGUCGUCCGCGUUCACAUCACGGGCCGCAAUGAAUUCUUUCCGAAAUUCGUCCAGCCCGUUUUCCAGUUCACCGUCUCCGAAUCGGUGCCAGUGGGGGCCAGUGUUGGCAUCAUCCAGGCGACCGACAGCGACAACGGUGAAGACGGGGAAGUGUUCUACCUCUUCGUCGGAUCGAGCAACGAUCGCGGAUUCCACAUCACGCCCGAAACGGGUGUCAUCACCGUGGCCCGCCCUCUCGAUCGCGAGUCCAAUCUCCAUUUCGUGAGCAUCUUGAAAGAGCAGUCGCCGAUGACCGGCGGGCAGCGUGGCAGCGGCUCCGACCCCAACGGCCAAGACGUGAGCUCGUCAGACUAUUCAGUCAGCCCCGUGGAUCACGCUCGCAUCGUGCUCUCCGUUAUGGCCAAGAACAGAGGUGGCAUUCGCGGCAACGAUACCGAUGAAGCUCAAGUGAUCAUCUCGAUUCAAGAUGGCAACGAUCCACCCGUCUUCGGUCAGCCGCUUUAUCGAGUCCACCAGCUGGUCGAAUCAGCUGCCGUAGGCACCAAAGUGGUGACCGUCCAAGCCAUCGACAAAGACGUCCGACCACCUAAUAACGAGUUCACUUACUCGAUCCUCGGCGGCGAAGGCAGCAAAUCCUUCAGGAUUGAUCCUCGUAGUGGCAUCAUCGAAACGGCGUCCCUUUUGGAUCGCGAACGUCAAGCCGUCUACAAUGUUACGGUGGGCGCCAUAGACAGAGGCUCGCCGCCGCAAACAGGCACGGCCGAAGUGCACAUCGUCCUCCAGGAUGUCAACGACAAUGGUCCCACUUUCGAACCGGUACGUCCAGUCGGCUCGGUUUUCGAGAACGAGCCGCCAGGAACAAGCGUCAUGAUUUUGAGGGCCGUCGAUGCCGAUCAGGCUCCCAACGCAGAGCCUUUCACCUUCACGAUAGUAGGUGGCGAACACAAAGAUGACUUUAUUGUCGACAAAGAUACGGGAGUCGUGCGGACAACCAGCAUCCUCGAUCGAGAAGAGGCAUCUCAAAUGACGAUUGUUGUCGAGAUAGUUGACGGCGGAAGCCCUCAACUCAAGUCGCAACUGCCCGUCACCGUCAACGUCUUGGACAGGAACGACAAUCCUAGCACGGCUCGCACCGUCCGACUCGUCGUCAACAUCUUCACGGAAACGUUCAACGGCGGGCGGAUCGCCGACGUCAGGCCCAAUGAUCUGGACAUCUCUGGCCAGUACCAGUGUCGCAUCAUCAACGGCCAAUCGGCCAGUGCCACCAAUCUGUUCAGCAUACCAAGAGGUUGCAACUUGCACGCCUUGCGUGUUCACAAGCCGUCUGAGUACAGCGUGAAAAUCUCGGGCAAUGACGGUCUCCAUCCAGACGUCACAUCGUCCGUCUCCGUUUCUUUCGUGCCGUUCGACAAUAAGACGUUGCAACACAGCGUUACACUGCGCCUGCUAAACACGACGACGGAGCGCUUGCUUGCCAACCACUGGAAGGCGCUCGUCGAUGGCCUACAGGCCAGCGUUUCUUUCGGCAAGGUACACGUCUAUAGCAUUCGCCAGGAAGGCGAUCACGUCGAUCUCAUUUUAGCCGUGCACAAAACACAAGGAGACUAUUGGGAUCAAGACAGCGUCGCCACAUUUUUGGAUGCCGCCAAGGAGUUGAUGCAGAAAGCUCUAGCCCCACCCACGAAAUUCGUCACUAAUUACACCCCGUGUCAGAAUAUGCCUUGCGAGAACGGCGGCGUGUGUACUUCCCAUUUGCGGAUGACCGAAGAAAUGGAGACAGUCGACUCUCCAUCCCUGAUUUUCACUUCGCCCCGACUGGAACAGCAGUACGUUUGCGCGUGCAAAAAUGGCUUUAGUGGGUCUCGGUGUGAACUACGCCAAGACCCGUGCACCCCUACGCCGUGUCGCAACGGAGGUUCCUGCACGCGGCAAGGCUCCGAUUUCCAGUGUAGCUGUCCGCUCGGCUUCCAAGGCAAACAAUGCGAUCAAGAACGAAGCCGAGCGUGUGAGCUCACACCUUCGCCGUGCCGCAAUGGCGGUUCGUGUCAAGAGACGCCGGAAGGAGCUUAUUUUUGCCUGUGCCGACCUGGCUAUCGGGGAAACCAAUGCGAACUGACAUCGGAUUCGUGUCGACCUAAUCCUUGCUUGAACGGAGGGCACUGCGACAAUCGCAAGCCGGGUUAUCGUUGCGUCUGCUCCGACAAUUACUUUGGCACGCAUUGCGAGAGGUCGUCUUUCGGAUUUUCGGAAUUGUCGUACAUGAUGUUUCCGCCGCUGGAAGCCAGCACCAAUGACAUUUCCAUUGUUUUCUCGACGAAUAUGGGCAAUGCGCUUCUGGCCUACAAUUUUGGUCAGCAGACUGGCGGACGAUCGGACUUCGUAGCACUGGAGAUUUACCAAGGAAAGGCCCGUUUCAUGUUCGGUGGCUCUCAAACAGCCAUCGCUGCUAUUAGUGUCCCGAAGCAAGUGGCCGAUGGCAAAUGGUACCGCGUCACCGCGACUCGGAACGGACGUAUUGGAUCGCUGAGCGUGGGCGAGUGCUCCCUUACUGGUGAAAGCUGUAGAGAUUGCCGAUCAGGUGACAGGACCUGCUCUGCUGAUUAUACCGGACCGACAGGCACUCUGAACUUCAGCAACCAGCCAAUGUAUUUAGGCGGUGUUGCGACAAUUGAGGCAAUUCAAGAUCGACCUGGUCAGGUGCACAGUGACGAUUUCGUCGGCUGUUUCCAAAGUGUAUCGGUCAACGGCCGCUCGCUUAAUCUUUCCAGCCCACUUAAAUCGAGAGGAGUUACUAGCACCUGUCACCGUCGUCGAGAUAUCUGCAAUGUCCAUGCUCCUUCUUGCGGAACGGGUGGCACAUGCAUAGAUGGCUGGAGCAAUGCCACAUGCGUUUGUCAGGGAGGACUUCAGGCUCCUAAUUGCUUUGUUGCAUUGGAACCCUUGUCUUUCACGGCCGGUAGUUAUGUCGAGUUCCAUAUCUCUGAGCGCCACCGACGGCGGCAAAUUCUUCAGACACUCUAUUCCAGUGGUCAAAAAUGGAAAAGGGAAAUACAGGUGGAAAACUCUUGGAGCAACACGCGCUUAAGUCGAGGCCGGCGUGAAAUCGGUGAAGCCGUUUCCAUGCACAAUUCCGUCUCGGUCAGCUUCAGAACGGUGUCGAAAAACGGUUAUCUGUUCUUUGCCGCAACAAACAACGAUUUCACUACGUUGAGGUUACAAGAUGGUCUUUUACAAUAUGCCUCGAGAUACGGAUCUGGAUCUUUGGUUAAUAUGACGAUUGAAGAUAAGGCAGUAGCAGAUGGAUCGUGGCACAAUGUCACCUUGACGUCCAAGUUUAGGGCAUUGCGUCUUUAUCUGGAUGGCGUGGAAGUCGGCGACGAGCUUGACAUGUCGAUCGUUCACGAUUUCAUGGAUCCCUAUUUGACAUCCGUUUUAAUUGGCGCCUCCAAUAAAGACGUAUACAACAUGAACGAGGAUAUGUUUGAGUUUGAAGGAUGUCUGGCCAAUUUCACGGUCAACGGUGAGAUCCAGCCGCUCAACGGCUCUGGCGGAAUCUUUGACAGAGUCAUUCACCACGGUCGUAUUUUGGCUGGUUGCAGCAACAGCAUCGCGGGUGCCUCCACUGCCCCUGAUCCUCUAAGCAUCGGCAUCACUCUCGUCAUCGUUUUCUUCGUCAUACUCCUUGUAGCGAUUCUAAUCAGUUUCGUCGUUGUACGGGUGCGCCGACAGCAACGCGAUAAAAAAGCAGGAAUGCAGAUCAACAAACACAACGGAGGUGCCAUGAUGGGUGGCGGAUCCGUGAACGAUCCGUCUCGAACCCUUGCCGAAUCAGGUUACGUUGAAACUUCUGAUGUCAGCGAAGACGGAUGUGUCCGACCAUCGUUGACACAGGACUUGACAUCGAAAAAAUUUCGUGAGCGCGAAGUGACGGACCACCGCGAUCGAGACAGGCCACAGCGACCAGAUAUAAUCGAGCGCGAAGUAGUGAACAAGUCGCCCGGCGUACCUUUACGGGUAGAGGAUUCACACCUGGGAGACCACAGUUCCAUGACAGGCCUCGGUGGAUUAGGGGACUGUGAGGGGCCCGAGCAUUAUGACUUGGAGAACGCCAGUUCUAUAGCGCCUUCUGACAUAGACAUUGUUUAUCACUACAAGGGCUACCGCGAUGGAAAUGUUCGCAAAUACAAGACCAACCCGCAUGUUCCAAGUUACCACAAGCACAAUCAUCGCCAUUCGCCACAUAGCUUUGCCAGCCCUCCACACCGCGAAUCGCCCCGAAAUAUGUUACGAUCCAGCCCAGCUCCUGGACUACCUGGCGGACCACCAGUGGCUCCACCUCGAGAAUCUCCUGGAGUUCUCAAAAUGCAAAGCACGCCUCUAGCUCGUCUGAGUCCCAGCUCCGAGCUCUCGCAACAAACUCCUCGCAUUCUCACCUUGCAAGACCUUAGCGGCAAGCCGCUGCAAACAGCUCUCUUAGCUACUUCGCAGGUGGGAGGCGUCAAAGAUGUCAUGAGCACAAGCGAAAGAAGCCUUAACAGUCCUGUCAGCCAGUUGAGUCAGAGUACAAGCUCGAUACGAAACUCGUCACAGGCUACCAAGAAGAAGAAAAAAGCCGGAAGUGAUAUGGGUGUAGCCCUGGGCUUAACGGCCGAAGAAAUUGAGCGUCUCAAUUCUAGGCCUCGCAACUCCAGCUUAGUUAGCACCCUUGAUGCAGUGUCGAGCUCGAGUGACGAUCGACCAAGAAGUAAAGAAAAACUGGUCGAAUUGAUGGAAACCAACACAGAGCUGCUGGAAACGGCAGAGAGUUCCACAGACGAGAGUGGUAACGACUCGUUCACUUGCUCGGAGUUCGAAUACGAGAAUAACUACGAAAAGGUUUCUCGAGACUUUGGACCAGGAAACAUGAUUUUCUCCAAACUGGCUGAAGUUGAAAAUGAAAACGAACACGACAAUGAAUCAGGAAAGCACUACGAUGGUUUCGAUUCCUUCCGAGGAUCUUUAAGCACCCUGGUCGCUUCCGAUGAUGACCUUUCAAACAUAAGCGCCUACAAACCUCCAAACGGAUCAUCACUAGGAUGGGACUAUCUUCUGAACUGGGGACCCAAUUUUGAAAGCUUAGUCGGUGUAUUCAAAGACAUUGCGGAACUACCAGACUGCAACAAUGGACGAACUAAUGCCUCUUCUCGUAUGGUUGUAUGCCCAAAGGCUAGUGAAGAGUAUAUUUAAUUAUCGGAAUCAGUUGCUGCGUCGUUGGCUUACUGACUAAAGAAUAUGAGAAAAUUUCUUCAGCAGCAGCAGUAGCCGGCGAACACAUAAAAGUUUUGAGUAUUUAUGGAUACUAAAAAAUGAAAAAUAAGAAGAAGAAGAAGAAAAAAAAAAUAAAAUAAAAAAAUAAAUAAAUAAAAAAAAAAAAAUAAAUAGAAAAUAAGAAAAAAAAAUUCACCGUGGAUUUACAUUUUUAAAGUGUAAACGUUUUUAGCGGCGAAUAAUUUACCUCUUAAAAAUAAUUGAAUGAUAUGUUAAAUUUGCGUUAGUUUCGUGUUUAGGCUUUUGAAAUGUGUAAUCUGCUCUCUAAUAAUGUGUGUACAGCUUUUUUUUUUGUUCUAUGCUCAUUUUGUGGGAUUUGCAACGUAUUCUUUGCAUGUAUAUAGAGCAGAUUUGGCAGUUGAUGUACGCAUUGCUCCGUGUGUAGUGCCAAAUAAAGUGUGGUUUAUCAUUUGCCAAA